AUGGUUAAUGAUGCACCUUUUUCAUACCCUUAACACUAUAAAAAUAAAUAAAAAAAUAGAACCAUUUGCAUACAAAAUAGUUCUUUUUCCUUGCUAAUUCUAUAUAGUUAUAAGGCUUAUGAAAAUAUGAUCUAUGUUUUCUGCAGUUCUAUUAUUUCGUAUAGCCACAGAGCAAAAUUUCCCUGUAUUUAUUUAUAUUACACCCAAAAUCCCAACAAUAAGAAUCCUGACUGGUUCGAUAUGAUGGAUCUCGGAGGUAAUGGAAACUGGAAAAGAUAGAAUCAAGAAGAAUUAGGCUUGUUAAGAAUAAUUAUUUAGACUCUAUUGGAAAUAUUAAAUAGCUAAGUUUUACAAAUUUUAUAAGGGUACCAUGUUGAAAAAGAUUUAGAAAAUCGUAUUUGA